AUGAAAUGCUCGAAGAAGAAGUUUCCAGGCGCUGUCAAUGUCUUUGUGGAAGUCUUUGGCCGGAAAGUAGGAUUGUGGACUUGUGAGCCACGUGACGCAAAGGAAGAGCAGCGUUUCGCUGCCAACAUCGCAAUUGAUGCCAACCCGCGUUUACGAGCGCAGUAUGGUCAUUUGCGUUCGGAACCACCACCUAAAGUUAGCGGAGUAACUAUCAAAAACGAACAGACACUCGCUCCUAGGCCAGUAGUGCUUCAAGACGAAUCAUGCUUUGAAAACCAAAUGGAUUCAGAUCGAAUGCUCUCGCUGGCAACGCCACGUAUUGGGAGCUUAGUACAUCCCGACAGAACUGCUCAGCUUCUUUCGGCCCCUACUGAGCCCAGGGCUCACAGAAAGCAACGAGGAAAAAAGUCACCACCAGCACCAACACCGCAGUCAAUCGUGACCUUGAGUACGCAAGGAAAGCCAUCCAAGCCAGAUCUUUUCCCAUCCAUGCCUGUAAACCAACCCGCAGAGGUAAUCGAGAACAGUCUGCAAUUUUCCAAAGCAAAUCCGCUCCUGGACUCCUCAACCAACCAAAAUGUCCAGCCAUACGCACCAGCUCGAAUCAAGCCAGAUAGCUACGCUUUUCCUUUUUCAAAACUUCGUGAAGAUAGAGAGAAUGAGAAACGGAUGCAGGAAGAAAACGAUCAAUUGAAGAAAGAAGUCGCAACGUUGAAGCGAAAAAGAACUCCGGAACCCGUGGACGAUCAACUCAAAGCGGAGAAUAAAGAUCUGAGGAACAGGAUUGCGGAAAUGAAUAAAGAGCUUCAUUUCACACAGAAUUUACUGGAAAACGAGAGAGCUCGUGUUAGAGAACUGCAGUUGCUAGGGCUGGUCGAAAGCAGGAGCAAUGUGUCUGCGAAUGUUCCUGAACCCAAUCAACGAAACGGAUCCAGUCAAGAGCCUAUAGCCGCAAUCAAAGUUACAGAAGUACAAUUAACUGUGCCACUGAGCACAGAAGAUCCGAAUCAAAAUGAACAAGUAAAUUCGUCUGACUGCCCAGUGGUUGAAGAAUACACCAAUCCUAAUGGAACCUUGUCUGCAGAAACCCAGGAUGUUAACAUGACUAAUAAGGAAAGCGCCGACAAAGACCAAGUACCAAAAAGUUCCGGCCCGAAAGAUACUAUCGCGGUUGAAAGUAGCUCAAGCGGUCUGGUAGAGGACAAUGUGUCAUUCCCAGUCUGCCCUGUGCUACCAUUUGGAGAGAUCACAGUGCUCACGAGCACUGUUAAUGACCUUCGAGAAGAAAUAGGCAUGAAGCGUGCCACUAUCGCAACGCAAAUGAAAACAAACAUGGAUCUUCAAACAGAACUCGAGUCGCUUCGUAGGGAUCUUGCAGCCUUUCGUCAAGUGAGCAGACAAGCAGAGGAAGAAAAGAAUGCACUCAUCUUGGCACACGUGGAAACGGAAACAGAACUGAAAUCGGAUUUUAGUUCACUUCAAAAGGAUAUUGCAGCUUUCCGCCAAGUCGGUAGACAAACUACAGAAGAGAACAUUCUUCUCAGAGAUUAUGUCACUAUUGCUCGCCGGGAGAGAUUUGAGCUCAUGGGAUCUAUCGAAUCAUUGAGUAACACACUUAGUAUUGUACGAGAGGCAUUGGGCCAAGGAGAGCCGGUAUUUCAGAUGACAAUGUCCAAUUUCGAGGAACAGCAAAGUUCGAUUCUAGAACGCCUGGGUAUUCGCGAUUACUACUAG